AUGACUGUCCCGGCUCCUCCGCCGUCCGAGGCCCAAGAGGACUCGAAGCAAGCCGUGGAUGGGGCCGCCGGUGCCAAUCCGGAGGUGCCGUCGCCGACGGAGAACGCGGAGAGCAGCCCUAGUGCCCCAGCGACGGAGCAACAGCAGGAAAAUGAAGUUGAUGAAGGUGAAACGGAGGAGGCAGGAGAUGACGACGAGAAAGAGUUUGCCGGCAAGGAUGCACAAACCCUCCUCGACGACGGCAAGACGUUCUUCCGCAGCAAGAACUGGUCCAAGGCUGCCGAGUGCUUUUCGCGCGCUGUAGAGCGGAGGGUGGCAGAACUCGAUGGCUCAGACUUCCACCCCGAGCUGAGCACGUACUAUCUCUGGUUCGGAGAUACUCUACUGACUAAGGAAGAGCAGAAUGCCGAACUGUUCCAGUUUGACAAGCCAAAGCAGGAGGCCGGUGACUCGGGUUCAGCUUCAUCAACUUCUUCCGGCGCGUCUGCGUCGUCAUCAAGCUCCUCGUUAUCUUCAGCCCCUUCCGCAGAGAAGGGCGAGAAUGCGCAUGGUUCAACAGAAGAGGAGGUCCCUGGCGGAAAUGCCGCCGGCAAGGUUUCAGAUGAGGAACUGGCCUUCGAAAUGCUGGAGAUGGCAAAGCGGUGUCUCCUGAAGAAACUGGAAAACUCGCCCCCUCCAGGGGCCGCGGCAAGCUCGUCGCUGCAGGCUUGUGCGAAGGAAGAAGGCGGGAAGAGCACGGUCGCAGUCCACACUGACGUCAUCGACCUUUCGUUCGCCUACGUCCGCCUGGCAGACAUGCAGCUAAUGAAUGAAAGAUAUGAUGAAGCCGCGCAGGACUAUGGAGAGGCCGUGGCUCUCCGAGAGCGAUACCAUUUACCCAAGGAAACCCUCAUGGCGCCACUUCUUUCUUUAGCGCAAGCAACGUUCUUCAGUGGAAAGAAAACCGCCGCGCUCGAUGUGUUCAAGCGUACCCUGGAUAUUGGCAAAGAAAUUAAAGAGGGGGUCCUGAGGAUGCCAGAUGGCAUGACAGCGGACGCGCUUGCAGAUACGAUUGAAGAUCUGCAGCUUCAAAUCGCAGACGUCGAGAAACAAAUUGCUGAGGAGGCCGCCGCCGGCAAGAAUGAGGAGGAAUCGACGAAAGGCAGCCAGUGUGCUGCACGUGAUUGCAUUGCGACAACGACAUCGACUUUCGAUACAGCUCAGUUGGACCCUUCCUCCGCAAAGGUCGUCAGAGUUUCUGUUCGACCACGAUCCGCUGCUGUUUCCGUCAUCAGUGGCGAAGGAGCCCCCUCCAGGGCUGGAGGCAAUGACGACGAGGAAGAAAAAUACAGGCACAGCCCGAAGAAACGCAGAAUUGAUUUACGGCAACUGCAGAGUAGCCCAUCCGAACAAAACGCAGUCAAAGCAGCCCCUUCUGCCGAGGCAAAACCGUGA